UUGGGGCUGGCGCGCGCAGCAAAUCUUAACGUAUCGCUGUUUGCUGGCUCUUCUGGGCCACCAGUUUCCUUACCUUCCACCCUGGCGCCCCCAAGUCCUGGUCCCCCGGCCUCGCUGCCCCGGGCGUCGACGCCUUGCGGGCUCAGCGGGCUCAGUCUGCGCAGCUCCUCCUCCAUGUUGACUAAGCCUCUGCAGGGGCUCCCGGUGGCCCCCAUGACCCCCACGCCGCCGCCAGGAGGCAAGGAUCGGGAAGCGUUCGAGGCCGAGUACCGACUCGGCCCCCUCCUGGGUAAGGGGGGCUUUGGCACCGUCUUCGCCGGACAUCGCGUCACAGACCGACUCCAGGUGGCCAUCAAAGUGAUCCCCCGGAAUCGCGUGCUGGGCUGGUCCCCCUGGUCAGACUCAGUCACAUGCCCACUGGAAGUGGCACUGCUAUGGAAGGUGGGUGCAGGUGGUGGACACCCUGGUGUGAUCCGCCUGCUUGACUGGUUCGAGACACCAGAGGGCUUCAUGCUGGUCCUUGAGCGGCCUCUGCCUGCCCAGGAUCUCUUUGACUACAUCACAGAGCAGGGCCCGUUGGGUGAAGGCCGAAGCCGCUGUCUCUUUGCCCAGGUAGUGGCAGCUGUUCGGCACUGCCAUGCCCGUGGAGUUGUCCAUCGUGACAUCAAGGAUGAGAACAUCCUGAUGGACCUCCGCCGGGGCUGUGCCAAACUCAUUGAUUUUGGUUCUGGCGCCCUGCUUCAUGAUGAACCCUACACUGACUUUGAUGGGACAAGGGUGUACAGCCCCCCGGAGUGGAUCUCUCGUCAACAGUACCACGCACUCCCAGCCACUGUCUGGUCACUGGGUAUCCUCCUCUAUGACAUGGUAUGUGGGGACAUUCCCUUUGAGCGAGACCAGGAGAUUCUGGAGGCUGAGCUCCACUUCCCUGCCCACGUCUCCCCAGACUGUUGUGCUCUAAUCCGCCGGUGCCUGGACCCCAAACCCUCUGCCCGACCCACACUGGAGGAGAUCCUGCUGGACCCUUGGAUGCAGACACCAGCCGAGGAUGCAUCCCUCAACACUCCCAAAGGGAGUUCCACCCCUUUGGCCUGGUCCCUACUGCCCUAGUCCUGGCCAGGGCCCCCAUUAGUUGGAAUAGCCAUCCCAUGGCCACGCCACAGGGAUAGAUGGACAUCUGUUGAUCUGGUUUUACAGGUCAUUAAAAAUCCAGUGUUACUAGGGUCAGAGAUUGGGGAUCAGGGGUCAGAAGACAUAAGCCAAGUUUACCUAGUCCCCAUCCCAAUCCUGCUAAGGAGACUUCCUCCCAGAACGUAUGCUCUGUUAUUCUGGAGGGGGUCCUUCUUUGCUUCUUGUUUUGCUAAGGGUGUUUAUUUGGUUGAAAUUACUUACAUUCUGAGCCUGCAGGGCUCUUAUUCUGAUGAGCAGUAACCCCUACACUGGCACCUCCUGCUACCACCACACAAACUUAGUUUAAAUGCUCUGACUUGGGCAAGGGUGCUUUCCUUCCAAUACCCCAGCGGCUCUUAUUUUAGCAAAGGGACCCUUUCCCCUAGCCUAGGGUCCCAUAUUCAGUCAAGCUGCUUGCCUACCUCAGCCCAGGGUUGUUUAUUCUGGGGGAGGUAAGCCCUAUUGUUGUCCCAGGGCUUUUGUGUGUGUGUGUGUGUGUGUGUGUGUGUGUUUAUUCUGGGGGAGGUAAGCCCUAUUGUUGUCCCAGGGCUUUUGUGUGUGUGUGUGUGUGUGUGUGUGUGUGUGUGUGUGUGAGGGGACCCUACUCUGUUAUCCCAAGUGCUCUUAUUCCGGUGAGGAGAAACCCCACUUUCAUGAUUUGGGAAGGGAUGGGAGAUGGACACUACUAGAGUCCACUAGGAUGGGGUGGAUAGUUUUGGGGGGAUGGGGUGGGGGAAAUAAGUCUUGUUGUUUGUUCUCCACCCUCCACCUUUUUUGGAUUCUUGCUGCCUCCUUCUGAGCCAGGGUUGUCCAGUUGCUGAAAUGUAAAUACUUAUGUAUUGGGGAAGGAGAGCUCCAACUGUAUCUUCCUCUUCCUUCUCCCCUGCCUGGAUUAUUUAAAAAGCCAUGUGUGGAAACCCACUAUUUAAUAAACGUAAUAGAAUCAGAA